AUGCGUCCUCUUACCGAAUCGGAAACUCAGACUCUGUUCGCAAAGCUUGCGAACUAUACUGGAACAUCGCUGAAGAACCUCAUUGCGCCGCUAGACAAUGGGCCAAACGCAGAUCGAUAUGUCUUUAGAAUACAACAGUCUCGGUGCUACUACGUGCGCCUUUCCUUGUCAAAUCUCGCGACUUCAAUAGCCAGAGACAAGCUUUUGUCUUUAGGAACAUGUUUAGGAAAGUUUACCAAGUCUGGAAAGUUCCGCCUCCACAUCACAGCUCUUCCCAUCCUCGCAGAACACGCACGAUAUAAGGUCUGGGUGAAGGCCAAUGGAGAAAUGCCAUUCCUUUAUGGGGGACACAUUGUCAAGGCGCAUGUCGGUCGAUGGUCGGACGAUUGCCCAGAACAUCAGGGAGUUGUGGUAUACAGCAUGAACGAUACGCCAUUAGGAUUUGGAGUUACGGCGAGAAGUACGCAGGAAGCGAGACGGUUGGAUCCAACUGGAAUUACCUGCUUUCGACAGGCGGAUUGUGGAGAGUAUUUGCGGGAUGAGGAUAGUCUUUUUGCGACCAGCUGA